AGCCCCGACGGGCCGGACCUGAGCACAGCACGCCGAUUGAUGUGGGCCCGGCAGCCGCAAUGAGGAACCCCGGAGCUCGCCCGUCGCCCUCCCUCUCGGUGGCACUUCUUCUCCUGCUGGUCCCCGAAGCUCUCUGCGUGCAGAUCAUCGGAGGGAGCGAGGUGACUCCUCACUCCAGACCCUACAUGGCGCUGCUCUCCGGGGUGAACAGCAGCAUCUGCGGGGGGGCCCUGAUCGAGGACAGAUGGGUGCUGACCGCCGCUCACUGCCUCCUGAACAAAAGGUCCACAGUCACUCUCGGGGCCCACUCGAGAUCCAAGAAGGAGCCGGAAAAACAGAUACUGUUCGUGAAGAAAGAGUUUCCCUACCCGUGCUACGACCGGGACACACACGAGGGCGACCUCAAACUGCUGCAGCUGAAGAAAAAAGCAACCAUCAAUAAGAACGUGGCCAUCCUUAACCUCCCUAAGAGGGGGAGUGACGUCAAACCAGGAACCAGCUGCCAGGUCGCGGGAUGGGGGUUGGUAAACAAUCGGCGGCAGGUGCUCGCCGAUGGCCUGAGAGAAGUCAACGUCACGGUCAUUGACAGGAAGACCUGCAACGACGCACAGCACUACAACUACGACCCCGUGAUCGGGAUGAACAUGCUCUGUGCAGGGAACCCCAAAGGCGGAAAAGACUCGUGCCACGGAGACUCGGGAAGCCCUCUGAUCUGCCAGGGCAUCUUCAGGGGCGUCACCUCCUUCGGCAAGCCGGACAAGUGCGGAGACCCCCGGGGGCCUGGCGUGUACGUGCUGCUGUCCCAGAAGCACCUCACCUGGAUCAUCCAAACGAUGAAGGGGGCGGCCUAGGUCCCCGUGCAUCAUGUCAUUUGCUGCCACUUCUCACUCCCGUCAUAAAUAAAGUCAGGGCGCAUG